GUGACCAUGUGAUCAUACUCACUGCAGCCAGAACUUGUGACCAAAACAGCAGAAGCAGCUCGGUGAGGUCUGCCAGAUAUAAACUGCGCUUCAACGACUCCACGGUCCUUCUCCAGUGUCCUCAUCACCACCAGACAACAUGGACUGCGGGAUUUUCACGUCUAAGAGCGUCCUCCUCUUCCUCAGCUUGAUAUUUUGGGCUGCAGGAGCGGCGUUGGCCUACGUCGGUGCCUACGUGAUCAAGAGCUAUAACAACUUUGACAGUUUCAUCCAGGACAAGUACACGUUGAUCCCAGCAGCUAUCAUCAUCGGCGUCAGCGUGGUGAUGUUCAUUUUCGGUCUAAUUGGAUGCUGCGCCACAAUCCGGGAGUCCAAAGUCGGCCUUAGCUUUUUCUUCAUCAUCAUCAUGGUGAUCUUUGCAGCUGAAGUGGCAGCUUUGGUAUUUAGCUUCAUCUACCAAGGCAAGAUAAACAAAGACCUGGAGCGCUCUAUGAACGAAGUCUUCAUGAAGUACGACGGACAGGGUGCUGAGACCGCAGCUGUGGACUACCUGCAGACUCAGUUGCAGUGCUGCGGUGUGACAAAUUACACCAGCUGGUCCAACACUACCUGGUUUAGCAGCAACAACAACACAGUGCCUCAUUCCUGCUGUAAGAACAGUACAGGCACACAGUGCACCGGCAGACUCGACCAACCAGACCUGCUCAACGUACAGGGCUGUGAAGUGAAGCUGGAUCGCCUCCUACAGGAUGUUUUGGGUUACGCCAUGCUGGUCAUUCUGGGCUUUGCCAUUAUCAAGUUCUUUGGGAUGCUGAGCGUAUGUGUGAUCACCUGUAAAGCCGGCAGCCGGAGGAGCGGCUACCAGCCUCUGUACGCCUGAGCCACUUCCUGCAACAACCGACCACCUCCUCAUUUUGCUUGACUAGGUUUGCUGUCCACUCGCUCAACAGUGUACCGAAGCAUCCGGGCCGACCAGUGUACAAAUCCUAAACUCUAUUUAAACAACGUAUGCGCAGGUGGCAGACCUUGUCUCUGCGAUACCAGAGCAUUCCUCCACGUAUUAAAUCAACACAGAUAUUUCUCUGAUUUGUUAAUAAUUUGCUGAAUGUGGCUUUCAGGUUUGAGUUGUCGUCUAAGUUUCCAUCUUUGCAGAUUUUUAUUAUAUAGUUUUUCACAUGGCCGAGGUGUAUGUACUGUCUCAGCCCAGCUACUGUGUUAUUCUUUGGAAUGAUAGUGACGGACUUAAGAUUAUAUUUUAAGGUUUUUGUGAUUGUGAAUGAAAGAACAGUGGUUUAAUGCCUUAUUCAGGGGUACACUAUUUAUAGCCAACUGAACACGGUAUACACAUAUAUAUAUAUAUAUAUAUAUGAAUAAUUUUAUGGUCAGUUAACUGUAUGGAAUUAAGUGACAGUUCUUUGUAGGUUGACUUUGGUUGUGUUUAUUAUGUUUCUAAAUUAAAAAGGUGAAAAAUUCACAAUAA